GGCUGUUUGCCCACAGGCUUCCGAUCCGGGCUACGCGGAGAUAAAAAUCAAUCACCACGUCUCGACUACCACGUCACUCACCGGAUUCCUUCUCGUACCUUUACGUUAGUUAGCCAGAGGUUAGCAUCUGGCUGCUAAUAAACGCCACAUUUUCAAGAAAAGGGGGGAUUUUCCACACCUUUACCUACUAACCGUACCUAGUCACAAUGAUAAAUGAAGACAUCAGGACGUUUGGAACAAGGCAGAUAUUCAUCUUCCAGCUUCAUGCUUUAUAGUGAUAAGUAAAGCAACAAGUAGAAGAAAUGUCCAUCAUGGGAAGGAUCAGCUUUUCGUGCCUUUUCCCAGCUUCGUGGCACUUCAGCCUCUCAUCCCAGGUUCUUCCUCGGCUCCUGAUACCAUCAAUCAGACAGCUGCUCUUCAUCAGUCUAGUGGUCUGUCUCAUAGGGCUGCUCUACCUGCUGCUUGUUGCUGGAAAGGGGCACGUCAGCUGGAUCACAAAGGAAAAUCACUUCCACAGGCAUUUAGCCAGGGUCACUGAUAUCGACGCAACAGACACAACCAACCCCAACCUGAACUACGGUCUGGUAGUGGACUGUGGCAGCAGUGGCUCCAGGGUGUUCGUGUACUGCUGGCCCCGGCACAACGGUAAUCCCCACGAACUGCUGGACAUCCGGCAAAUGCGAGAUCAGAACCGCAAGCCAGUGGUCAUGAAAAUCAAGCCAGGUAUUUCCGAAUUGGCUAAAACACCGGAGAAAGCCAGUGAUUAUAUAUACCCACUGCUGAGCUUUGCAGCCCAGCACAUCCCCAAACACAAGCACCAGGAAACACCCUUGUAUGUCCUGUGCACAGCUGGAAUGAGAAUCCUACCCGAAAAUCAACAGGAAGCACUUCUGGAGGAUCUGCGCACAGAUAUCCCAGUCCACUUCAACUUCCUCUUCUCGGAUUCCCAUGUGGAAGUGAUUUCUGGAAAACAAGAAGGUGUCUAUGCUUGGAUUGGAAUCAACUUUGUCCUUGGAAGAUUUGACCAUGUGCACAAUGACGGCGAGGCUGUAGUGGAGGUACAUGUUCCAGGCGGCGAUCAGCAGGAGAUGCUGUUGAGGAAAAGGACUACAGGUGUCCUGGACAUGGGUGGUGUCUCCACACAGAUUGCGUACGAAGUGCCCAAAACUGUAAGCUUUGCUUCUCCACAGCAGGAGGAAAUCGCCAAGAACUUACUGGCCGAGUUUAACUUGGGGUGUGACGUGCAUCGCACAGAGCAUGUGUAUCGUGUUUAUGUGUCCACCUUUCUGGGUUAUGGAGGAAAUGCAGCACGCCAAAGAUAUGAGGAGAAUCUCAUCAGAAAUACUGCAGCCCGAAACAGGCUCUUAGAUCAGCAUAUUGGUGAAACAGUGGAGUCUCCACUGCUGGACCCAUGUCUACCCACUGACCUGCAGGAUGAGAUCGGCCCACCUACGCAGCACCUGUAUCUGCGAGGCACUGGAGACUUUGACCAGUGUAGGCAAAUUCUCCAGCCAUUCCUAAACCGCACCAAUGACACCCAAACCUCCCUCAAUGGCGUCUACCAGCCGGCAAUUGACUACAGCAACAGUCAGUUCUAUGGCUUCUCUGAGUUCUACUACUGCAUGGAGGAUGUGCUGCGCAUGGGUGGAGAUUAUAAUGCUUCGAAGUACGCCAAGGCUGCCACGAGUUAUUGUGCCACCCAGUGGAAGAUUCUGAGGGAACGCUUUGAGUCUGGGUUAUAUGCCUCACAUGCAGAUCUCCAUAGAUUGAAGUACCAGUGUUUUAAAUCGGCAUGGAUGUAUGAAGUAUUGCACACAGGCUUCUCUUUUCCAACCAAUUAUAAAAACCUAAAGACUGCUUUAUUGGUCUACGAUAAGGAGGUCCAGUGGACUCUUGGAGCUAUACUUUACAGAACACGGUUUCUGCCUUUAAGGGACAUCCAACAGGAAAGCCUGAAAGGAGCGCACUCUCACUGGCGACACAGCUUCUCCUUUGUCAACAAUCACUACUUAUUCCUGGCUUGCUUCUUCAUCGUUUUGCUUUCUAUUAUACUGUACUUACGGCGACUCCGCCGCAUUCAUCGGCGCACAGCUCAGCAUUGCACCCCCUCGUCUGUACCGUGGCUGGAAGAGGGCCUUGGCUCGCCAACAAUCCUCAUCAAUCUCUAAAAUUUGUAGAGCGUAAAGUCUGGGCAGCGCGUCUGUUUCCCAUCGCCAAUCUUCGCUCCUUUUCUCUCUGAAGCCAUCUCCUUUGUCAGUGACUCUUUGAAGGCUGCUCCACCUUAAUGUGUUUUGAGAGAUGGUACAAAUAAGGAACACCUUGCAUGAAUCUGCGAUUAAGUUAAACAUUCAUAAUUAUAUUUUUGCCUGUCUAAUUCAGAGGGCAGCUGCCCUUAAGUGUCUCUUAUUUAUUUCCAGAGAUAAAUGGUACUUUAUUUCCAGGUUAUCCAUAGGGAAAUAAUUUCUUAGUCAAACUUUUUAAUUUCACAAAGUUUGACAAAUAAACUAUAGUGGCUUUUUUUUUUUAAUUUCUAUUUAUGUGUGGAUAUUUACAGUUCUGUAUGCCUUUGCCUUUUCUUUGUGCAUGUACACAUCUUUUUUGUUGUUGUUCUUAAAGUUAGAUGAAAUAAGCACUCCCCUAUUUGUAUAGAAACCUCAAAUGCAAUUAAUUAUAAUCAGUAGAAGGAGAAAUUUUUUUUUUUUUUGCACUGCAGUUGAGAAGCACGUCCUAGCAGGAAUAGUCUUUUUCUGUUUGUGUGUGUCUGUGCGCAUCGCUCCAAAAGUGACAAGUAGCCUUGAACAGCUAUGCUAGUGCAAUACAUGUCUUAUCACUGCAAUGCAUCUACCCUUUUCUCGUGAGCCUCAGUCUUUUCUAAGGCCUUGCUGAAAGUCUUGCGUGUGGAUAUCUGGCUGUUCGGUUGGAUACUGUUGCAUAUGUUUAUGUUUAGGCUUCGUUUUCAGAAGCUAUCAUGUCACUGCUGUGUGUGUGUGUGGGGGGGGGGGAUUGUAAACAAGAGCACAUGCCCCAUUAUUUAUAUAAUGAAAUGUUUUCACAAAUGAAUGUGAAAUAAAUGUGACACUGCAACCCAGUAAUAAAAAUUUUAUGCUA